AUGGCCAACGUCUUGUUAUUCGCUCGCAAGUGUGUUGGCGGUGGACGGCACGUUGUCUCUCGCUGCGCGUGCGUCUGGAUCAGCUGCACUGCCACUUUACUCCCCGGACAGCGGAGCUCCCUGUGGGACCUCACCGCACAGCUGCUGGCAGCCCUGCAUGCUCCUGCCGAGCGGAGUGUCCUGCCACUGAGCAUGGCCACAGAUACUUCCCAGUUCCCCGCCUGGCAGCAGCAUCCCAAUCGCCCACACGAGUUCCUGCCGCCACAGACUCCCUCUCGGCGAUGGAGGCGCUCCUCUUUGGCCCACUGGCGGUGCACGACAACGGCGUCACCGAAGAGAUUUGUACCGUGCCGCUUUCGCUGGCGGAUUGAGGUCACACGGCUGAAUCCACAUUUCCCCAUGACACUGCGGAAUCCCACGCAGCGUGACAGCGAACGCGGACACCGUCAUGGCACGAUCUCUCCCGCAGGACUGCGUCACUGCCUGGCACGUGGGCUUCCUUACCGCCGUCAAGAGGUUAUAAUGGAAGGAUGCCCAGGAGGAAAGGGAAGGCGCGUACACCGCGUGACAGGCGCCUGUCGGCGUGGUGAGGACUGUCUUCCUGGUGCUGACCCGGACAUCGUGCCCCGAGUGGCGGCACUGCGCACGGGCGCGAUGCAACACCUUCCCACUCUUCGACAGGCCUGCACGCGCCCUGCGGAUCACAAGGGUGCUGCAGUCGGCGGAUCGUUUUCGAGCGGCUGCUGCACCACACGUUGUGGCCCAAAUUUUUGUUUCGAAUUAUGA